AUGACACAGGCUGUAAAGCGGCUGAGGGCCACCCGGGGGAGCACGGGGAGGGCCGGGGCCCGCAGUGGCCCUAUCCCUCUGCCCCAUGGUCUCUACACCCGGUGCUUCAACGAACUGAUCCGCGAAACCACCAUCAACUGCGCCGAGCGGGGGCUGCUGCUGCUGCGCGUGCGGGACGAGAUCCAGAUGACACUCGCCGCCCACCAGACGCUCUACGAGAGCAGCGUCGCCUUCGGCAUGCGCAAGGCGCUGCAGGCCGAGCAGGGCAAGUCGGACAUGGAGAAGAGGAUUGCAGAGCUGGAAGAAGAAAAGCGGGAGUUGGAAAAGCAAGUGAAUGAACAGAAGGCUAAAUGUGAAGCUAUUGAAAAACGUGAAAAUGAAAGGCGGCAGAUAGAGGAAAAGAAACACACCGAAGAGGUCCAGUUCCUGAAACGCACAAAUCAGCAGCUCAAGGCCCAACUUGAAGGCAUCAUUGCACCAAAUAAGUAGAUUUCUUAUUGUCCCCCGGCCUGUGCUCAGAAGAACUGUCAAAGCAAGAAGUUUGCAAUUAGUGAAGGAGAUUUGCCUUCAUAAAACUACGCUGAAUUUCCACUCACCGGUAACUGAAGGCCAUGCA